AUGCCUGCUACAAAGCAAACAACAGAAACUACAAAGACCUCGGGCGCAUCCGAAUAUAGCUACGACUCGGAUGAUGCAUCAAUCGUGAGCGCCAAGACCAAAGUCAAGGAGUCCAAGACAAAAGUCCAUUCAGACAAGGCCUCUUGGAGGAGGAAGGCAAUGGCCGACACAGCCUUUUCUUACAGGUGUCUCGCAGAGAUGAAAAUGUGA